GGCGGCGUGAAGAAGCCGCACCGCUACCGGCCCGGCACCGUGGCGCUGCGCGAGAUCCGGCGCUACCAGAAGUCGACCGAGCUGCUGAUCCGCAAGCUGCCGUUCCAGCGUCUGGUGCGCGAGAUCGCACAGGACUUCAAGACCGAUCUGCGCUUCCAGAGCUCGGCCGUCAUGGCGCUGCAGGAGGCCUGCGAGGCCUACCUGGUGGGUCUGUUUGAGGACACGAACCUGUGCGCCAUCCACGCCAAGCGCGUCACCAUCAUGCCCAAGGACAUCCAGCUGGCUCGCCGUAUCCGCGGGGAGAGGGCAUAAAGGCCACUGGAUGCAAAGCUGAACCCAACGGCUCUUUUCAGAGCCACCCACAUUUUCUGUAAAAGAGUGUGUACGUCUUUAUCAGCAUUCCUAAGGCCGGUAAAGCGUUAGAUUUUAGACAUCCCAGUCUCUUGGCCUCUGCAUAUUUUUUUUAACAUUGUAGUUGCUGUACCUAUUCCCUUUUGUAUUACUUUUACCCUCGCUGACCCCAUGUUUGUGCUUCAGUUUGUUACUUGGCCUUUUUAGUUUCGUGUAGGUUUUGGACCAAAGUCGUCAGGACUCUGCCUUGGUUAUGAAUCCCCUUAUCCUCUAAAUUUAUGUACCGUCCCAAUUCUAUAUUUCAACUCUGGUUCCUUUUCGCCGUGGCUAAAUACCGCAUACAUUUCUUGAAAUACUCAGUUCUGGAGGGAAGCUUGAGCUGUGGCGUCUUUGAGGCCUCGUCUUGGGUGAUAACUUGUUUAGCUGGCAGUCCGAAGCAUGCACUUCAAGAAUUGAGGCCCUCCUGCUUUCAGAUAGGCCCCCAGCUCCUUUCAUUCUAGAACAGUGUUACAGUUCUGGAAUGGAAUUUCAUGGAAUAGUUUUAGCAGAGAGAUGCACACUGGCCACCACUGUGAGGCAGGGAAAUUGAAAGUUGGAGACCAACUUGGGGUACAAAAUGAAUUCUAGUUCUUAUCUGGGUUAGUUAUCUUGUCUCAAAAGAAAGGCUAGAGAGAUGGCUUUGUUAAGCUUUGGCAGAGGACUCUGCUUUCACGUCAGUCCAUCUGCAGUUGCCUAUAGUUCCCACUCCUUGGGGAUCCUGUGCGCCUUAGAUCCUGUGGCACCCGUACUCUCGUUUAUAUUACCAACCAGAGACACAUAACUAUAUACAAUUAAAGAUAAAAACAAUAGAAAAUGAAAAGGAGUGAAAAUUCCAAGCAAGAACACUGGCUUUUCCUCUGGAUUGCUGCAAUUUUGAUAUCGAGAGCCUCAUGUUUUAUUUCUCAAGUGUUAAACUGUUCUUUGGCUAUUUUUGCUCAACUUGACCCAAACAAAGGUCAUUUGUGCAGAAGGAGGCUCAUCCAAAGAAAUACCUGCAUCACACUCAGGAGGCAGAGGCAGGUGGAUCUCUGUGAGCUCAAGGCCAGCCUGCUCUACAGGGCAGUUUUAGUACUGGCUUUAUAGCUACUGAGAAACCCUGGCUCAAAAAAAA